AUGGAUAGAAGAAAAUUGAACAAAACCCACUUUAAGGACGAUCUGCUGCACUGGUGCGUGGCAAAUAAUUGGCCGAAAGAAAUUCGCAAAUGUCUGGAAAAAGGAGAAAAUCCUUACCGACCCAACAAGGACGGGCUAACUCCUAUGCAUGCAGCGAUUGUACAAAAUGCAUAUUUGGCAGUGAACAUCUUGCUAGAGCGAUACACAUCCGAUCUGGCAAUCGUGAAAGAACACAUGGAAAAACGGUUCCUGUGGAAAGUGGAAAACAAUUGCUGGAAUAAACGGCCCAUUCUGAUCGCCGGCACGGCAGAAGAACGUAAACAAGUGCAACUGGUGGCCAGUUCGUGUCCGUCGGCGAUCCCGUUCAAUGUGCAAGUGUUUGUGUUUUUUCUAACCCCACACAACGGAAAUCAACUGGUCGCGCUUGAUGUGUGCUCCACGGAAAAGCAAUCUGCUGUACUGCAGUGCAUUAAUAUGCUGCUGCCUAAUGGUGUUUUAUCGCUGGACAGAUCCGAUUUACGAAAAGAUAACAUGACCUACCUGCAGACGGCUUGCAUGUACGAUCGUGUGGAAAAGAUUCCUCUUCUGAUAGCGCACGGUGCACAACUCUCCGCGACGGGAGAUGGCGAAACUAUUCCACUGAUGACGGCAUGCCGGACUAUGAAAAUGGAUAUCGUUAAACUACUGCUAACGAAAUACGUUAACCAAUAUGAUCCUACGGUAGUAGAUCAUCAACAGAAAAAUGUGUUUCACAUCUGCUUGGAAAAAAAUAACCCAGCGCUUGUAGAUUACGUGCUGAAGGCACUGCUAAAGUAUCGGACAGCAAUGUUCGGUGAAACGGAGUCGGAAGCCUUUAAUCGCAUUUUUCCCUACAAAUGUGAGGAACACAGCUAUAUGACCACAUGGUCACUGGCUAGACCAAAUGUGAAAAAGCAGUGUGCCCAGUACGUAGUGCAAUAUCGACUCGAUCUGACGUACAGCAACGGUGAGCGUCUUAACGUGUCAGAAUUGCUUUCGAGACAGGUAGCACUUGAGUACUGUUUAGAGGAAAUUCGCCGUAAUCCGGAAAUUCUAAAACUGGAAGAUGGAGACAAAUCGAACGUGCUCCAUCAUCUCUAUAAACAGAACCUUCUAGAGUUUAUCGAGGAGAUGUAUGAGCAGCAUCCUACCGUGAAAUCGUUUUUUGAAACCAAAGCAGCCUUUGAGAUACUUCGUGUUAAUUUGAGCCAUCGGCUAGUGGAUAAGCUUAAGUUAAUGCUGAAACAUCACAAAGACUAUCUUCGCUCUCAACCCGCCGAACUGGAGGAAUACGCACUUGGUCAGACUUGGUUCGAUAGAUCUGUGUACAGAGAACCAUUUGCACUACUCGCGGCAGCAUUCCCAGAGAAGCAGGAUGUAAUUAACGACACCAUUGCAAAAGCGGCUAAAAUUCAGCAAAACAAUUCUUUUAUGGAUAGAUUUAAUGCACUGAAAAAAUCGUUCGAUCAAGCACUUGCCUCAAUGGGUGAAGAUGGUGUACUGUUGGAGAACCUGGUAGAUGAGGAUAACAAGAACCUUCUUCACCAAGCGGUGGAUUACGAUGAGAAGGAAAUGAUCAAGAACCUACUAGGUUGCGGAAUCGAUCUUAAUCGAAAGGAUAACGAAGGCAAUUUGCCCAUCUUUUUUGUACGAAGUAAGGCUGCAUUCGAUAUGCUGUACGAUAAGUGGCCCGUAGAUUCGACGGUCACCAACGACAACGGGUACAACUUACUGCAUCAAACUAGCCGUUUAGGACACUCCACAGGUGAAGAGAUACAGACGAAACUGUUGCAGCUCGGGUUUGAUGUAAACGAAGCAACGCACGAUGGUAAUGUGCCAUUAUCGCUUGGCACUUGCUGCACCUCGGUACGGUUUCUGAUGAAGAACGGUGCAGAUGUGAAGCUCAUUGAUGGGAACGCACUGGUAAAGACACUGAAGCGCAAGCUGCACUGUGCCGGUUGGGCUUUGAUUCUGCAAAUCGCAGACCUGCCCUGGUUCGACGAGAUUGCACACGUGUUCCUACCCUGGUUGCUUGGCAACCAGAAUCGUGACUUUUUUACCUGCAGCAGUGGCGAAUAUUUAAAAAACUAUCCCGAGAUACGGGAAAAACUAUUCCUCAGUCUCUAUAGACAUUCGCGGGAGGAAGCGGCCAUCUUUUUCCGUGAAGUGUGCCACCGGGCAAUUAAUUGCUGUGCCAGAUGGUGCUUAGAUUAUUGGCCAGAUGUCGAUAUUGAGGUGGAAGAUGAUUACAAAUACACUCCACUCAUAGGUAUGCUCAGUUACAUGGAGGAACCAAACAUGGACGUUGUGGAGCGACUGCUAAAGAAAGGUGCCAACGUGAAUGUCAUAAACCAGUGGGGACGGAACGCUUUGCUGUCGAUUGUCUUUCACUUUAAAUCGGCACAAUGGAAUGGCCACACGCUGAAGACUGUUGAGAUGUUGCUUGACUAUGGGGCAGAAAUCAACCUGCAGGAUACCGAAGGAAACACAUCGCUACACCAAGCGUUCAGCGACAUGCAUCUAGAGCUGGCAGAGUUACUAAUAGCACGAGGUGCCGACCGGAAGAUUAAGAAUAAUGCAAACAAACUACCAUAUCAAAUGCUUAGUAAACAAUUGCAGCCUCUGUACGCGUUCUUAGGGAACUAA